AUCAUCGUCCAGGUGACGCAGAAGGGCUACCGCCCGCCCAUCCCUGCCGACUUCCCGCCACCGCUGGCAGACCUUGUGCAACGGUGCUGGGCCGAGGACCCGCAUGCCAGGCCAGAUGCGGAGACCAUUGUGCAGGCGCUGAUCGAUUACAGCGCCUCCUUCAGCUCCACCGUCGCUGCAAGGCUGGCCCAUCCAGCCUGA